CUGUCCGCGAAAACAGGUGUACGUGCCAUUACAAUCGAUAUCGGUGUUUCGCUUAAACCGCAUGCCUACGUCAUAUCAAUACAUAAAUAGUGUCGCGGUUCGAUAUGUAAUUAUUGAGUGACCACUAUCCGUUGAGGCCGGAUUUAUUAAAAAUAUGUUUUGAGUACCUGCCACAAGUGCUUAACGAUGGCCUGGACCCUGUAUUUAUUCGUUGGGAUAUCCAUUAUGACCACAUCUGCAUUCAAAUGUAAGCAGACGAACUCGGACAGCGACACACGCCAUCAAUAUGACUACACCAACCAGGAACCUCUAGGAAUUCCCGACAAUCGCGCCUCUGAGGGAGUGAACACACGAAUAGCUGAGAUAUCUCCCGCAAACUACCCACCUAACAAUUCAGACGAUGUUAAAAGUUUUGCUCAAAUUAAAAUAGCAGACACAACGCAGACGCGACGAUCAGAAAGUGAGUCUAAAGUAUUGACUUGGAAGCCAUAUACAAGUAAACGAGGUCCAAAUAACGACAAUUUCAAAAUUGUUUUUCCCGGGCCUACAUCUGAAGAGUUUAAGCUAGAAAUACCAGAACAUUGCAGAAAAAUUGGUAUCUGUCAAGAUGUUCCCAACUAUCCACAAGAACUAGCGAACAAGGCUAUUGCUCAGCUCACCAAUAUAGGUGCAUUACAGCAAGAUAAACUGGACAUUCCAACAUUACCUGACAUCGCACAAAGAGUUGGGCCUCAUGAAGAAACUAUCGAACUGUGCAAGUUUCAAGAACAAUUAGUGUACCCCAAAGCAGCAAUAGAUGCCAAUGGAGAAUGGCAUGUUGUGCUAAAUCAAGAGGAAAACCCGAUACAAGGUUUCAAGGUUGAGAUUUGCGAUACCAAUUCCAAGUCCUGUUCCAAUAUAAUAUUCACCCAACGCGGAUAUGAAACCAGUUGUAAACAAAAGUACGUUUACCGCAAAAUGACAGUCCUGCUCAGCAAUGGUACGAGUUUGGAGAAGGCGCUAAAAGUCCCCAGUUGUUGCGCAUGCGUUGCCAAUCUUGUAUUAAUGUAAAAUGAAAUUAAUCAAUUAAAAUUGAAUUUUGUGCGAUACGCGUAAUUUAUAUUACCUAUUGAGAAACGAUGAGCUUAGUAGAUAUUAUUAUAUCAGCAGAUACAUUCGGAAAUAUCCGAAACAAAAUAAAUAAAGAAA